CUGGUCCAUUGACAGUUAUACAAAAUGAAGGUGCAGUUAUUUAUAUCUGUUUGUUUUUCUGUGUGUGUGUGCAUUUAUGGACAGAAAAUAGCGCCGUUUAUCACGCCAUGUCGCCAGACUGACAGCAGGUGCUUGAAGACAUCAGCUCAGAAGGCGGUGCCCAUCCUGGCCCCGGGCUACCCCGAUUUCGGUAUGGAUUCCCUGGACCCGAUGCACAUCAGCCGGAUCAAGUCCAACCAAGCUGGACUCCAGAUGGACUUCAAAAACAAUGUUGUUAAAGGCCUGCGGAAAUGUCAAAUAUUGGAUUUAGCGCGUAAAGACAAGAAGAUAACAAUUAAGACGAAGUGUUCAGCAGUGCUCUUAGGUGACUACAAGCUGGACGGGAAGCUGCUCAUUAUGCCAAUAGAGGGCAGCGGCAAAUACAAGAUCAAGAUAAAUGACAUAAUGGUGGAUUUCUCCUUCGAGAUGGGUGAGCGUCAGUCUGCCGGUGAGAUGUACUGGGUUUUCCAGGACUGGUCCUACACGCAGCAGGUGAUCGGGAAUGUACACUUCCAGUUCCAGAACCUCUUCAAUGGCAACAGGGAGCUCUCGGAUUCCAUACAUGAGUUCGCUAACAGCAACUGGCGGGAUAUCUUCAACGAGCUGUCUCAACCGAUCAUGGAUGCUGUGAUGAAGAAGACCGUCAUGGAGAUAAGGAAACUCUUCGACAAGGUGCCCCUGAAGCAGCUCGCCUUGGAUUAAACCUUAUAAACUAUUUCCUUGAGAUAAUAAUAAAAAAAAUACUCGAGAUUAAGAACAAUUCUGAAGUUAUUACUUAUCUUUGAGAUUUAUUGUCAUUUAU